AUGGCUUCCCCAGACUCAUUUGAAACAGCUGCAUUUACCAUCAAGCUACCGAAUGUCUCGGGCGAGACCAUCGCAGUCAAAGUCGGCCUCCAAAUCGUCGACGUACACAAGGAUCUCAUCAGCAGCAACUCCGAAUACUUCAGAAAAGCCAUUAGUCACGAUUACCUUGCUCGGAUGUACGUCUUGGGAGAAAAGUUGAUCGACCGCACAUUCCAGAACGAUGUCGUCGACGCCAUAAUCUACCGCCAUAUCACUGCGCGACUGAGUCAAAGGCCCCUGCGCUACAAAGUACCUGAUCUGGAAGCUAUCGGAAUCAUCUACAAGGGCGCUCCGAGAAAAGCCCCUGUAAGGCGUCUCCUGGUGGAUCUGUGGGCUUUCAAUAUGGACUCCACUUGGGUAACGAAGACGAGACUUCGAGCGCCAGAAAACAAAGCCUUUCUGGAUGACCUCUUACCGGUACUGUUAGACAGGCGAGGACUGCCGGAUGCUUCCCAAGCUAAGCCAUGGAUCUCGCAACGAAAUUCCUAUUACAACAAGGGUGUCGUGAUCAAGAGCGAAAUGCCAGAAGACAGGGUCGACGAGGCGAUCUCUGAGCCUUCCAUCAAGGAUGAGCCUUCCGAUGGAGAGGAAUCGUUCGUUAAGAAUGAGCCUUACGUUGAGGAUGAAAUUCACAUCAAGGAAGAGCCUUCAUUGAUGGAUGAGCCCUUCAUCAAGGAGGAGCCUUCUAGCGAGGAAGAGCUUUCCAGCGAGGAAGAAUCUUCCAGCGAGCAUGGGUCACCCAGCGAGGAUGGAUCAGCCAGCGAGGAUGGAUCAGCCAGCGAGGAUGAGACUUCCAACAAGACUGACCCUUCCGUCCAGGAGGAGGUGGACGUACUUGAUGCAUUCUGGGGUAUGUAG